AGACAGUGCUGAAUGCGGGCAACUUGACAGCUUGUGUGAAGAAAUAGGAAUGUAAACAAAACAAAUUUGUAGAGCGGAAGUAACUAAAAUCGUUCCAGCGCUCCAGCUCAAAAAUGCCGAAAGUAGUAUCACGUAGUAUUGUUUGUUCCGACUCAAAAGACAAGGAAGAGUACAAUGAAACGGGCCCGCUUAAUAUAUACUACUGUUUGUGCGGACAAAUGAGUUUAAUUUUAGAUUGUACACUCGAAAAAUUACCUCUCAGACAAUUGGAUGGUGCACGCGUAAUCGACAGUGCGCGCCACGCAAACAAAGUGAACGCAGAUCCGAGCGAAACCGUCUUCAUCCAGCGGGAAGCGGGUAUCGAGAAGCAGCAUCGGCUGAAGUGCAAAAAGUGCGGUUUACCAUUGUAUUACCGGCACAGUAACGAUCCGCAGGUGACGUUCGUCAUACGCCGAGCACUGGUCAAAUGUAAGAGUGAAGCUAAAAUUUCAGAAAUCAUCAAAACGCCAAGCACCAGUCUCAAUCCGACACUGGAACCGAAGAAGGUGAUGGUCACCAAGCACACGAAGAACAUGGGCAAGUUUAGCUCGGUGACCGUUUCCACUAUCGAUGAGGAAGAAGAUGAAAUCGAGGCUCGGGAAGUGGCGGACAGCUAUGCGAAUAAUGCCCGUAUAAUCGAAAAACAACUGGAGCGAAAGGGCGGUAAAACGAACGAAGAUGUGUUGAAGGAGAAAAUAGAACCACCACCACCGAAAAAGACGCGCGGAACAUUGCUCGAUACAUAGUUCAGAUAACUAGCAGAACGAAAUUACACUUAAAACCACAAUAAGUUGAUGGACAAAUUGAAUCUAAAUUGAAA